AUGGAAGUUAAUUAUAAAUCGUAUCAAAAAGUAUUAAAUUUACCAAUAAAACCAAAGUGUAAUUCACCAGGAAAUAUUAAUAAUCAAUGUAUAUUACCAAAUAAAAUUAUUGAAAAUUCCAUUAGUAAAGAAAUAAUGUGUGUUGCUAAUAAUGAUAGUAAUAAGAUUAUAAAAUCAAAAAAAGAUUCAAAUCAGAUUAAAAGAAGAACUAAAACUGGUUGUUUAACAUGUAGGAAAAGAAAAAAGAAGUGUGAUGAAGAUAAAAUUAACGGAAAAUGUCAAGCUUGUACUAGAAAUUGUUUAGAUUGUACUUGGCCUGAUCUUUCGUUGAUUAGUAAAAACAAUAAAACUAAAACUAUGAAGAAUCAAAAUAUUAUUGAAAAAUUUAAUAAUACAACUGAAUUUGUUAGAGAAUUAUCACCUAAAUCAACAAAAUGUGAUAUAAAUUCAUUAUUAUCUACAACUUCAAAUGAAAUUAUAAAUAAAAUUAGUACUCCUAAACAAUAUCCAAUGGAGCCACAACCUCAAAAUGCUUAUCCAUCACCUGUUCAAUCUCCUAAAUUUGAUUCAUUUAAUUUACCAAAACAACCUUCAAGUCCAGAAAUUAGUUUGAUCAAAUUACCACCUUUAUAUAAAUUUAACAAUUAUAAAUUACAUACAACUAAAGAAAGUAAUGUCAGGGGGGUUAAAUAUAAUAAAUCAACAGAUGAUUCGACUGUUUUACCAAGCUUUGGUAGUUUAAUCAACCAAUCUGUUACUUUGUAA